AUGCCUGAUCCUAAAAUGGAGGUUUUAGACGGCGUCGGACAUUUGGUAGAUCAGGAAAUGGAGGAAGUAGAAGACGUUGAACUAUUUCCCCUAGAAGUACUGCCUGUCGGUAUUGUUGCGAGCGUAUUGGAAAUGAUGGAACCUCACGAAAUGUUAAAUCUAGCCUUGACAACGCCCAAGAUGGAAGCGUUCUUCAAAUUCGUUAAGGCUGGAAUCACCAAUUUCGUCAUUCAUUUCUCGGGCGAAUCUUCUGCUAUUCAAGUGCAAGCUGAUGGUGGAACGAUUAUUUGUGGAACUGAUCCGCUGAACGCCAAGGUUAUGGUCCCUAGGGAAAUCAUUCAAUCGUGGAUCAAUCAGGAAACACUGUUGGGUGAUUUGCAAUCGGUCUACCGUAAUCUUGGUCAAAUGUUCACACCUCAUAACCACGACACCGUUGUGUUGCGGACCACAGGACUUGACAAUUUGUUAGUCGAGGAGUCGGGUUUUGCCUUCCAAUUCCGCAGAAGCGUCUUUGGCGACGCCCGAUGGAUCAAAUUAAACGACUUGUUCAAAAUUCGGGACUUGUCUCAUGUCACUUUGAAAAAAACAAGUUUAACGAACUCGGAUAUGAAUCAGUUCAUUAAACAUUGGAUCGAUGCUGAUGAGGAUAUGUUUGGAGAGUUUUAUUCAACGGGAUGCGAGGAUUUUUUAUGGGACAACAUUUUGGAUGGAAUUGUGACACUGGAAGUGAAGAGGUUGUGUAUCGGAUGCUAUUUCAUGUGA